AUGCUGAUUGCUUCUGUAGCUAAUAAGAUAAAUUGUGAAGUUAUAAAUAGCAAAUAUCAACAUGGUGCUCGCUGAUUUGGGACGUAAGAUCACGACAGCCUUGAGAUCUCUCAGCAAUGCGACUGUCAUCAAUGAAGAGGUGCUUAACUCUAUGUUAAAGGAGAUAUGCAAGGCCCUCCUGGAAGCUGAUGUCAAUAUCAGGCUAGUUAAGAAGUUAAGGGAAAAUGUGAGGUCUGUAAUAGAUUUUGACGAUAUGGCAGCUGGUCUGAACAAGCGCAAAAUGAUUCAGUCGGCUGUCUAUAAAGAACUUGUGAAGUUGGUAGACCCAGGGGUGAAGGCCUGGCAACCACACAAAGGUCGUCCAAAUGUCAUCAUGUUUGUAGGUCUACAGGGCAGUGGAAAGACAACAACAUGCACAAAGCUGGCAUACCACUACCAAAAGAAGGGCUGGAAGGUGUGUUUGAUCUGUGCGGAUACCUUUCGUGCCGGUGCGUUCGACCAGCUCAAACAAAAUGCCACCAAAGCUAGGAUACCUUUCUAUGGCAGUUACACAGAAAUGGAUCCUGUAGUAAUUGCUCAGGAGGGCGUUGAUAAAUUCAAGCAGGAGAAUUUUGAGAUCGUAAUUGUGGACACUAGUGGUCGCCACAAACAAGAGGAGUCUCUUUUUGAAGAGAUGUUGCAAGUUUCAAAUGUUACCAAACCAGACAACAUAGUUUACGUGAUGGAUGCUUCAAUAGGACAGGCCUGUGAAGCACAGGCUAGAGCUUUCAAAGAAAAAGUCGACGUUGCUUCUGUGAUUGUGACAAAGUUGGAUGGUCAUGCAAAAGGUGGAGGAGCGCUUAGUGCAGUUGCAGCCACCAAAAGUCCAAUUAUCUUUAUUGGCACUGGGGAGCAUAUAGAUGACUUUGAGCAGUUUAAAGUUCAACCAUUCGUCAGCAAACUACUCGGCAUGGGUGACAUAGAAGGGCUGAUAGACAAAGUCAAUGAUCUGAAGUUGGAAGAUAAUGAGGAGCUCAUAGGGAAGUUAAAACAAGGUGUAUUCACUCUCAGAGACAUGUAUGAACAGUUCCAGAACAUCAUGAAGAUGGGACCUUUCAGCCAAAUUAUGGGCAUGAUCCCAGGUUUUGGAAGUGAUUUUAUGAGCAAGGGAAAUGAACAAGAAUCUAUGGCUCGUCUAAAGAAACUCAUGACGAUAAUGGACAGCAUGAAUGACCAAGAGCUCGACAGCAAGGAAGGUGCAAAGCUGUUCAGUCGGUGUCCCGGCCGCGUGAACCGCGUCGCGCGAGGGGCUGGGGUCUCCGCACGCGACGUGCAGGAGCUCAUAAGCCAGUACACGAAAUUCGCCGCCAUGGUGAAGAAGAUGGGUGGCAUCAAAGGACUCUUCAAGGGUGGCGAUCUGUCGAAGAAUGUAAAUCCAGCCCAAAUGGCAAAACUCAACCAACAAAUGGCAAAAAUGAUGGAUCCACGAAUCUUGCAGCAAAUGGGGGGCAUGGGAGGCUUACAGAGCAUGAUGCGACAGCUGCAAGGUGCUGGGGGAGGUCUUGGAAAUUUAAUGGGUGGGGGACCAGGUGGUGGUAACAAAUGAUCCAAACAUAACAUCCAGAUUGUGUAGGUUUUAACACUUGUACAGUAAAUAAUCACAGUCUGUAUAAAUGCUUUAUGUUGUAUGUUGUGAUCAUGGGAAGGAACCGACUGUAUCAUAUUAAUUUUGUUACUGUGCUUUGGUUUCAUGUAUACCACGAAUAGCCAGAUAUAUUGCAUGAAUGCGUGAAUGGGUAUUAGAAUAUAUUAUAUGUUCUGCGGUUCAUAUCUUGUAGUUUAAAAUUCUGAUUAUGGGUUUAGUUGGCAAAUUAAAGUUGUACAAAUGUCAAACAA